AAUUCAUUCGCUGAACUUCAUAUGCGCGGACAAUUGUUCCAGUGAGUCCAUGCUCUGUCUUCUUAAGAUUAUUAAAAUAUCUGCCUUUCCGGAUGACAGGUGUCAGUGUGAUGCAUGUCACUACCUUGUCAGUGGUGUCCUUCACCGUUGUGUAGACUGUGACUGCGGUGGGUGUUAUGGAGAUAACCCUUUCGUGCAAGGCUACUAAUCUUAUCUUCUUACCUAGACGACUAUGAUGUGUGUGUAGAUUGUGAAUCUCAGCCGGUCCCAGAUCACAAAUACCCAUCCGACCACAAGUCAACGCACAACAUGCUUGUUUUUCGCAUGUCGCUACCUUAUAGUCGCUACAACAGAAUCCGUUGGUAUGCCAGGAAGUUCUUGUCCACUUGCGUGCCCGCUGUAGCACCACAAGAAGUACUAUUGACCGCGCAAGAAGACGAAUCUCAAACGCAAUCAGAUGGACCUGAAAUUCUGCAUCUGAUAGAAGGCAAUCGAGCAGAUGAUUCUCUGGCCUCUGUCAAUUCGCUGGAAGGCGAUGAGAAGCUAAAUGGGGACGUAGCAUUGGGGGGGAUAGCUGGAGCCUCAGUCGCCAAUGCCCAUGCCUGUGCCGAAUGCGGCGUUAAGAUGAGGGGCAUUUUUUAUGUAUGCAUUACCUGCUCAGAACUCCAUGAUGCCAUUGCCCUAUGCGGUGAUUGCGCUUUUCGCGAUGCGUUCGACAUCGUCACAGAUCACCACCCUUACAAGCACUGGCUGGUCAAGAUUAAAGACCGGGUUCAGGAUGUAUGCAUAGAAGCAUCAGAAGAACCCUUGGCUGAUGUGGACGAGACUACUUCGCUUUCUUUACGAGACGAUAAGCUGGCUGCGAUGGUGGAAUCUCGCUUCGUAGAACUGGAUCUUCGGCUUAGUGCACUUGUGACACAGGUCGAACAGCUCGUGCAUAGCAUAGCUGCAUUGGCAGGAAAAGCAGAGCUUCCCUCUGAAUCUGAAUCCGCCACUGUUUGACUGGCUCAUAAAUUGACAGAGUGUUGUAUUUGAUCCAUGUUGUCUCCCUUGUACUAGUAUAGGUUGAUCGGUACCGAAAUGCUAUAUGUCCUGAAAUAAAUACUGGCAUGUUUG